UUCUACAUUACAAAGGAGAAAAAGCAAUAACAAUCGACUUGGAGUCAGUUCCAUAGACAAUAUCAAUCCAACGCCAGUAGUACCCGGGUUGUCACCGCAAUUUCAAAUAACAGACGAACAGAGGGUGGAAAUAAAAGAAGCUUUUGACUUAUUUGAUAUAGAUAAAGAUGGUGCAUUAGAUUCACAUGAAUUAAAAGUAGCCAUGCGUGCUUUAGGAUUUAAUGAGAAAAAGGCGGAGGUUCUCGAAAUUAUACGUAAAUACGAUAAAAAUGAUGAAGGAGUCAUUUCAUUUGAGGAUUUUGAUAAAGUUAAAGAGAUUCGAAAGGCAUUCCAGCUUUUUGAUGAUGAUAAUACAGGAAAAAUUUCGUUGAAUAAUUUGAAACGAAUAGCUAAAGAGUUAGGUGAAAAUUUGGAUGACGAAGAACUUCAAGCAAUGAUCAAUGAAUUUGAUUUGGAUGAAGAUGGUGAAA